AAUAAUGACGAAAGCCUUCACAUUUUUUUUUCUCUUAUCACUCUUGUUGCUUAUGAAUAGUUCAGUCAUGCAUGACCAAAACCAACAUUACUACUGAUCAAUUAGCUCUUCUAUCCUUAAAACCCCAAAUUAUUUCGGACCCCUUUCAUUUAUUGCAUGAAAGUUGGUCUCCCAUUAGGUCCGUUUACCAGUGGUUGGAGUCACUUGUGGUUCUUGUCACCACCGAGUGAAGUCCUUGAAUCUUUCUAACAUGGCUCUUACAGGCAGUAUACCGAGGAAUUUGGAAACCUCUCAUUUCUUGUUUCUCUUUACUUGGGAAGCAACAAUUUCCAUGGAAAUUUGCCUCAAGAAAUGACACACUUGCAUCGACCUAAGUUUCUUGAUUUAAGUUUCAACAACUUCAGAGGCGAGGUUCCUUCUUGGUUUGGGUUUUUACACCGGCUUCAAGUUCUUAAAACUAGAAAUAAUAGUUUCAUUGGUUCCAUCCCUUCUUCAUUUUCUAAUAUAUCCGCCGGACUUGAGAGUUUGAAUCUGAAUUUCAAUUCAAUAGAGGGUCAAAUCCCAAAAGUGAUUGGAAGUUUCAUAAACCUUAGAGAAUUAAAAUUGAGGGGUAAUUAACAAGCUCAUAGGUUAUAUUCCUCUGUCACUCUCGAAUGCCUCAAGGUUGGAGACUUUAGAUUUAUCUUAUAAUUCACGUCAAGGAAACAUUCCAGAAGGGAUCAGCAAUCUUCACAACAUGAACUUGUUGGGCAUACCAUAUAAUCAACUUACAGGUUCUACACCAUUCACAAUUUUCAAUAUCUCAAGAAUCAAAGUCAUUGCAUUUACAGGCAAUAGUUUAUCAGGAAAUCUUCCCAAUGCAUUAUGCUAUGGUCUCCCAAUACUCAAAGGGCUUUAUUUAUCCAUAAACAAGCUUCGCGGUCAUAUGCCUACAAGCUCAUCAAGUUGUUGUCAACAUCAAAUUUUGUCUUUAUCGGAAAAUGAGUUUGAUGGACCAAUACAUAGUGAAAUUGGAAGAUUGAGUAACUUGCAGUUAUUGUAUCUCGGAUUUAACCAUUUCACUGGGAUAAUUCCACAAGGAAUCGGAAAUCUUGUUAAUUUGGUGGAGUUAGUCAUGGACAAAAACUACAUUACCGGCUCUGUCCCAAUCUCCAUAUUCAAUAUCUCGUCACUGCAAAUUUUGUCAUUGUCAACGAACAAUCUUAGUGGAUUUUUUCCACAGGAAAUCGGCAGCUUAACCAAGAUGCAUUUUUUAUAUCUUGAUGAAAAUAGGUUUACUGGUACGUAUUAAAAGUGGUAGCAAAAAAUACAACUUAUACUAAGAUUGAACAAAAUAUCUAAAAUCACUAGUGUUCCUUGUUUCUUCAUGUGUUGACAGGUUAAAUACCCAAUGAGAUAAGAAAUCUCAUUGAGUUGAAGGUACAUAAUCUUCGGUAUAAUAGUUUUAGUGGUCGACUUAAUAUGGAGAUC